CUGGACUGUGUGUGUCGGUCUGGGGAGAGAUACAGGAGGGUCACGGGAACUCAAAUUACCUGUGACGAAGAGAGCAGGAAGAUGAGCCUCAAAUCGGAGCGACGAGCCAUCCAUGUGGACCAAUCAGAACUCCUGUGCAAGAAAGGAUGCGGCUACUACGGCAAUCCAGCAUGGCAAGGGUAUUGCUCGAAAUGCUGGAGGGAAGAAUAUCAGAAAUCUCGACAGAAACAGAUCCAGGAGGACUGGGAGCUUGCAGAACGCUUGCAGCGGGAAGAAGAGGAGGCCUAUGCCAGCAGCCAGGGUGCCCAGGGAGGUCAGCCGUCACUUGGCUUUGCCAAGUUUGAAGAAAAGAAAUCUAAUGAAAAGACAAGAAAGGUUACCACAGUAAAGAAAUUCUUCACUGCCUCAUCCAAAAGUGUGCAGAAGAAAGAUAUUGAAGAAAAGUCUGUUAAGCCGUCGCAGGCAGGAGGGAGGGAGCGCAGUGCUGAUAUUCUCAGGGACCUGAGGGGUCUUUUUGUCCCUCCCUGGGAGCUUUCCUCCCCGGCUGAAGAUAUGAAAGAACCGAAAGCUCCCAGUCCUUCUCUCACCCGUCAGUGCAGCAUUGAGACUGAUCGCGUGUCCAAGGAUUUUAUUGAGUUUUUGAAGACGUAUCAUAAAGCGGGAAUUGACGUGUACAAGCAGUGCAAAGUCUUCCUGGAGGCCAUGCAUCACAAGAAGGAUUCAAAUAUUGAUGAGUUGUCAGAAUUCACUCAGGACUUUUACCAGAACACAGCAGACAAGCUGCAGAUGUAUUGGAAAGUCCCGCCCAAUAAAGUGGAAGAAGCAAUGGACCAAAUUGAGAAGUUUAUCACGACACGCUUAUACAAACAUGUGUUCUGUCCAGAAACCACAGAUGAUGAGAAGAAAGACUUGACGGUACAAAAGAGGAUCAGGGCCUUACAUUGGGUCACGCUUGAGAUGCUGUGUGUUCCAGUCAAUGAGGAUAUUCCUGAAGUGUCGGAUAUGGUUGUAAAAGCUAUAACAGAUAUCAUAGAAAUGGACUCGAAGCGGAUUCCGCGGGACAAGCUUGCCUGUAUUACUGGUUGCAGUAAACAAAUAUUUAAUGCAAUUAGAAUCACAAAAAAUGAACCUGCAUCUGCUGAUGACUUCCUCCCUACUCUCAUCUACAUUGUGCUAAAGGCAAACCCACCACGUCUGCAGUCAAAUAUCCAGUAUAUCACAAGAUUCUGCAAUCCUAGCCGGCUGAUGACUGGGGAAGAUGGAUACUAUUUCACAAAUCUAUGUUGUGCAAUAGCAUUCAUUGAGAAGCUGGAUGCCCAGUCAUUGAACCUAAGUGAAGAAGAGUUCAGCAGGUACAUGUCUGGCCAAGCUUCCCCAAAAAAGCAUGAUUCUGACAUCUGGGACACAGACACAUGCCCAGGAGUAAAACAGAUGCACAGGAACCUAGACUUGCUCUCAGAGCUGUCUGUGAGGCAGGAGCGCAUUGUGACAGGGGCCAAGAAGUUAGAAAAGGACCUGAUUGACUGGUCAGAGGACGUAACUCGUGAGGUGCGGGACAUUGUGGAGAAAUACCCACUGAACAUCAAAUCUAGCAGCCAAGCUUUGGCAUCCAUCGAUUCAGAAAAUGUAGAAGAUGACCGUCUACCCCCUCCACUACAACCACAGGUCUAUGCUGGAUAGUCAGUGUAUGCUGAACUCCAUUCUGUUACUCCUGUAAAAAGGAAUGAUUUAGAAAUCUAGUGUGUUUUUUUCCUUUUUUUUUUUGAAGGUCUGAUCACACCUGGACUACAAAGUUAGUUUCAUUAUUUUUUUU